AUGUCGAAGGAAACAAGAAUCAAGGCGUUGUUGACGAUCGACACGGUGUUCUUCUUGGUGGAAGCCAUCACCGGGUACACCGUCCACUCGUUGGCGCUCGUGGCGGACUCGUUCCACAUGCUUAACGAUAUUGUGUCGUUAGUGAUUGCCCUCUGGGCGGUCAAGGUCAAGAAUACCAAGAAGGCCGAUGACCGUUAUACUUAUGGCUGGCAGAGAGCCGAAAUCUUGGGGGCUCUUAUUAACGCGGUGUUCUUGCUCGCCCUUUGUUUUUCGAUCUUGAUGGAGGCGAUCGCCAGACUCGUGCUGCCUCCCGAAGUCACCAACCCCAAGCUCAUCCUUGUUGUCGGGUGCUGGGGACUUGCACUGAAUAUGGUGGGACUCGUGUUGUUCCACGAGCACGGGGGCCAUUCUCACUCGCACGCCUCGCUGGCAGAGGAAAACGUCUAUGGCCACCUGAACCUGCUGAGCCUGAACGUAGCCGACUACUUGCCCAACACUGUGGUUGAACGGUACCAGCCCGACGAAGAGCUGCCCUUGAUUUCCAGCCACAGCCACUCGCACGUUGGCGGUGGGUCUACCCCAGAGAAGCGCAAGUCGCUUAAUAUGGAGGGCGUGUUCUUGCACGUGUUGGGGGAUGCUCUCGGUAACAUUGGUGUCAUCAUCACCGCUUUGGUCAUCUGGAAGACUAACUACUCGUGGAAAUUCUACGCCGAUCCUGUGACAUCUCUCGUUAUCACCGCAAUCAUUUUCCUGACAGCAUUGCCGUUGUGCCGCAAGGCGCUGAAGAUCUUACUUCAAGCGACCCCGGCUAACAUGAAUCUCAAUGAGAUUAAAGACCAAAUCAAGGCCAUCCCCCAAGUGAAGCUGGUCCACUCGUUCCACGUGUGGAACUUGAACGAAGAUCAAGUGAUUGCCCUGAUCCACGUUAGAUUGAACGACAACUGUGGUACCGGCAACAGCAACAUCAUUGACAAGAAUAGCUUCUUGCAAGUGGUGGCCCAAAUUCGAGAGAUUUUACAUCGUUACAACAUCCACCAAGUGACGGUGCAACCCGAAUUCAGCGACCUGCUGUCGCCUCUGCCCGAGGCUGCUGAUGUGUACGGGCCGUCCCACAAGGGGGUGUGCUCCAUUGACGAUAUUGCUAACUGUGAUGUACACUGUAAGUAA